AUGAAUGUGCCAUCGUACUAUAAUUAUACAGAGCCGUAUAAAAUUUUCAACCAACCGAACGAAAAGAAAAGAAAUACGACGGAAUCACAAAAUCAACAGCCGCCAUUGGUUCUUAAAUCUGUAGGUUUGACUGAUGUCCAGGAUCUUAUUCAUCUUGCAGGUCCUCUAACAGAGGAUGCUGUUAUGAAAUGUCUUCAGGCCAGAUUUUGCGUUUCACAAUAUUUCACCAACGUAGGAUCAAUUUUGCUGUCAGUAAAUCCUUACAUGGAUGUAGGAAAUCCUUUAACGUUGACAAGCACAAGAAAUAAAGUAUUAGGCGAUAGACUUUUACACGUUGUUAAAGAAGCUGUCAAUCAGCAAUCUGAAACUGGUUAUCCUCAAGCCAUAAUACUCUCAGGAUGUAGCGGCUCUGGAAAAACGUACACAUCAAUGCUCCUCCUUCGGCAGCUCUUUGAAAUAGCAGGUGGUGGUCCGGAAACGGAUGCGUUUAAACAUUUGGCUGCAGCUUUUACGGUUCUUCGAUCUCUGGGUAGUGCAAAAACUGCUUCCAGUUCAGAAGCCAGUAGAAUUGGUCAAUUCAUAGAAGUUCAAGUGACUGAUGGUGCCUUAUACAGAACGAAAAUUCAUUGUUACUUUUUAGAUCAAACUAGAGUAAUAAAGCAACCUCCGACAGAAAAAAAUUAUCACAUCUUUUAUCAAAUGCUCGCGGGUUUGACUCCAGAAGAGCGAACUAAACUUACUCUAGAAGGGUAUACAGUACAAAAUUUAAGGUAUUUACAACAAGGAGACUUAUGUCAAGAUACAGCGGAAGACGCUGCAAGAUUUCAAGCUUGGAAAACUUGUUUAGGUAUUUUAGGAAUACCAUUCGUGGACGUUGUUCGUGUUUUGGCAGCUGUUUUACUUCUUGGAAAUAUAGCAUUUGUCGAUAGUGGAGGAAGAGAAGUUGACGUGUACGGAGAUGCAGAACUUAAAUGCCGUAGCUGGUUUACUCGGAGUAUCUCCUCAGGCUUUAUUCCGGGGUCUUACAUCAGAACUCAUAAUACUCUGGGACAAGUUGUCAAAUCAUUCUGCGAUGCCAAUAUUUCUAACAUGACGAGAGACUCUCUUGCCAAAGCCCUUUACUGCCGAACGGUGGCCACCAUAGUCAGACGAGCGAAUAGUCUGAAACGACUUGGUUCUACUUUAGGAACUUUAUCAUCGGAUUCUAACGAAUCAGUUCACAAUCAAGCAGACGUAGCUAGCCAACACGCUUCUACUAUUGGUACAUCGGGAUCCAAAAGCUCAAAAUCAAUGGCGGCUCUUAACAAUGCCAUCAGACAUGCCACAGACGGUUUUAUUGGAAUACUAGAUAUGUUCGGUUUUGAAGAUCCAAAGCCGAGUCAAUUAGAACAUCUCUGUAUUAAUCUUUGUGCUGAAACAAUGCAACAUUUUUAUAACACUCAUAUAUUUAAAUCCAGCAUUGAAUCUUGUCGGGAUGAAGGAAUUAGAUGCGACGUAGAAGUUGAUUACGUCGAUAAUGUUCCUUGUAUAGAUCUCAUUUCUUCAUUGAGAACAGGUUUAUUAAGUAUGCUCGAUGUUGAAUGCUCGGUGAGAGGUACGGCAGAAUCGUACUUGUCUAAAAUUCGCGUUCAACACAAGCAGAAUCAAAGGCUUCUAGAAACCAAACAAUUCGGCUUAAGAACUUUUGGUAUUCAACAUUUUGCUGGUAAAGUUGUAUACGAUGCCUCAGAAUUUUUAGAUACCAAUCGUGAUAUUGUCCCAGAUGACCUAAUUGCAGUUUUUCACAAACAAAAUUGCACUUUUGGUUUUGCUACUCAUUUAUUUGGUUCAGAGCUAAAAGCUUUGUAUUCGACUGAAAAAGUACCUAGAGGAGUUAGUUUUAGAAUAUCUCCAACGUCUCACGUGACUGAUAUUUUAAAUGGAGAUGAACCUGUUUCUACGCUAACUCAAGAUUUUCAUACAAGACUUGAUAAUUUAUUACGUACUUUAGUUCAUGCCAGACCACAUUUUGUGAGGUGCAUUCGAAGUAAUGCUGCAGAAGAGCCAAAUGUUUUCGACAGAAAUGUCGUCAUGACACAAAUUCGAUCACUUCAAGUUUUAGAAACUGUUAAUUUGAUGGCUGGCGGAUAUCCGCAUCGAAUGAGGUUUAAAAUAUUUGUUUCUCGCUACAAACUUUUGGCUCCUUCAUGCAGACUCAGAAGAGGUGAAGAUAAAAUUAACGAAGAUAUGAAUACAAUUUUAUCUUGUUUAGUUUUAAGACCAGAGCAAUCAACAUCUCAGGUAUCGACCAGUUGGGCUUUUGGAAAACGACAUAUAUUUUUGAGUGAAGGAGCGCGACAACAACUUGAACAUCUUCGAAGUACAACAAGGCAUCGAUCUGCUGUAAUUAUUCAAGCCAAUUGGCGAGGAUGGUACACCAGAAGAAGAUGGCCUGCACUUCGCCGUUCCCUAGCUUUGCAACUUAAUGCGUGCAAUUUAUCAAACGCCAAAAAUACAAAUCCGGCAAACGCUUCUAACAAUGCAAGUACUAUAAUAACGAAUGCAAAUAAUAAUAGCAUCGGUGCCAACUUAGGUUUGAAACAAAUAAAUAACAAAAAUCGACCCUUGAUCGGCGGUGCUGGAAUUGGCGUAAGACCUCGACCUCAACCAAUUGCUGGUACUCCUCCUCCCGAUCCGACUGAUAAAUGCGACCAGAAAAUGAUUCAGCAAACUUGUACUUUAUUCGGUUUAGAUUUAGAAAGACCACCACCUGUUCCACCUAGUAGGCCAUACACAGUUACAGGAAACAGUAAAUUAGGUUACCCCCAGACAAGAGUAAUGAAAAUGUCUUUUCCGGAAGGUACAAAUGAUCCAGCUCUAAUUCAAGGAGACACGGUUCUUGUUUUGGGUGCAUCUCCAAGGCGUGGACAUCUUUUGGUUGCUCAUAACAAUACCUCAUUGCAUGUUCCUUUUCAAUUUUUAGAAUUGAAACCGUGUCCUUUUAAUAUAUGA